GAAAUGUUAUGGGUGCAUCACCAUUCCUUUCUGCUCGAAUCUGGCUUCCAGCUCCGUCCCAAAUUUCACCCAGACUGGAAGCCGACGUGGAAAUCGAAAAGCGAGAUGAUAUUUAGCGAAGAGAUUCUUGGGCAUAUGGUAUUAAAUCCUGACAUUAUUGACGCAACACGCAUUCAAGAUGGCAAGCUCGUUACUUUGAAGCGCAUCGUGAAGACAGAAUUUCCUUUCGAAGUCGAAUUGGGAACAUUCUUUUCUUCCUCUCCCUUGUCUGAUAACCCGAGGAACCACUGUGUUCCUGUCUAUGAGGUUCUUCAGUCUCCGUACGAUCCUGACGAUCAGAUGAUUGUUAUGCCGCGGCUGCGAGAAAUGAAGACACCUUCAUUUGACACUGUAGGUGAAUUCGUUGAGGCGUUUCGACAAAUAUUUGAGGGCGUUGAGUUUAUGCACGAAAACUUUGUGGCGCACAAAGAUAUCAAUAUAUUGAACGUGAUGGUCGAUGCGAGCAAGCUGUAUCCCAAAGGAUUUCAUCCCGUUUAUCAUUCUUUAAACAAUAACUACACUGGCUUUGCAACGCAUAUUACACGUACUCAGUGCUGGCCUCGCUAUCAUAUCAUUGAUUUCGGGUAUUCUUGUCGUUACGAUCCGAGCGAACUCCCAUUUGAUCAUAUCGUGGCCGCAGGCGACAGGUCAGCACCAGAAAUGGAGAGAAUCCGUGCCGACCCGUCCACUAGAUUGAAUCCCUUCCCUUUCGAUGUGUACUGUGUAGCAAACAUAAUGCGUAAAGAUUAUGGUAUAGAAUUUUGUCCGGCUCUGAAAUUUCUUCUUCCUCUUGUCGAAGAUAUGACUCAGGAUGAGCCUUCGUUGCGGCCAACGAUGAGCGAGGCUUCUGCGCGUUUCGUAAGACUGUGUAAUUCACUGUCUACAUCACAGCUGCGCGCCUUUCCGGGCAUCGAUGCUGCUGGGCUUGGUCACCGCUGUCGACGGCUGAAAUAUACUGUGACUGGCGUGGCUCCUUUGCCUGUGAAGAAGUUCUUGGAGCCUGACACUGACACUAAUUCACGAUUUCGAUCCUUCUAUACCCUCUCACCUGGACACGUUAGCGGGGUGACCGAGAUGUCUCCUUGCACUUAAUUAUACUGGUUGUACUUUGGCUUGCAAUUCAACAGGAUGCAGAUAGUUUCAAAUGCUAUAUAUUUAUUCCUUCUUAUGCGUCUAUUUUCCUGUCAGAACAGGCUACCGAGGCCACUUGAUUUAUACUAAUUUACCUGCGCUGUACAUUAAACUAUCGGAACAGAGG